UUAAAAUAUCUCGUCCGAACUCUUGUUAUCCUUGUGUUUCAUUUGCAGCGACGAUUUUAUUGGGACCAACCUUCGUUCCCCUUCGACCUUUCGCUUGGCGCUUUGAGGAAUCGAUUCGAUUUUCGAUUCUUGUGGUUCUUUCGAUUGAUUUAUCUUAGGGUUCGUUUCAGCCGAGGAAUUUAGAAUUCCUUUUAAUCUCUCUGGUCUGAUAUCAGGAAGUUUAAAGGUUUUGUCGAGCGGAUCCGUUGUUGGCGAACAAACAGAUUUAGGAUUUCAGAGUUAAGACUAAUUGAUUGAUUGUAUUUAAUUCUCUAAGUUUGCAAUGGCAUACUCGAAGAAAGAAGGUUUAAUUGAUGAGGACAAAAUCGAGGGAUCGGAUACUACGGAUAAUGUUUCUGAGGAAUCUGCCGUUGGUGUUUCGUCUAUGGAAAUCGAAUCUUCUUGUGUUGGUUCGUCGAUGGAGAGUAGCACAAGCUCCGGAGAUGAGCGUCAUCUUUCUGAUAUGCUUAGGGGUAUCUUCAGAGAUGGAGGUGACGAAGAUCUGUUGCUGAGGAGAACCGAUCGAGAAAACGGCAUCCUACAGUGGCUUCAGGCCUUGGAUGUACAGGUUAUGGGAGGCUGCCGUGCCGAUGAAAGGUUGAAGCCGUUGAUGAAGCUCAAUGUCUCGACUGGUGUUACGGAUGAUAGCUUGCUGGCUCAUAUCAAUCAGCAUUUUGAGGCACCAGAAGUUGGUAUGCUGGCGAGUUGUUUGUGCAUUCCUCUCGUUACCAUCCGUGUAGGGAAGGUCGUCAGGCAAGGAACACUUCUGUGUCCAACUACUAUAAGGGGAAAUCUCUAUCUAACCCUUCUGCCAACAUCUGAUUUGCGCAUUUCAUUUGCUGGGGAUGAUGGCUUCACAGAGAAAGUAGCUACAUUGACUGGCAAUUCUGAAAGUUCAGUGGCAAUAGAAGAAAUCCCAGAGGACAAUUCUGGUCGCUCGUUCCUAAUAAAGCUACCGGAUGGGAAAGUUUCAUACUUCUGGUGUUCAGAGAAAUCAAAGAUUCUUGGUAUGGAGCUGCUAGAAAAGAUGAAGGAUAUCAUUAGGAGGAAGCCUUCUCUUGCUCAGUUAACUGGAGUCAGUGAGUCACGACUUGACUGCUUUGCAACUCAUCUCCAGGCUUAUCUGAUUGGAUCAACUGUGAGCAAUACCCAAGCAGAUUCAAAUGUCUCACCAUCUUCGGUGGUUACGGUAUCCAACCCUCCUGAGUUGGAUCAGAGCAUCCAACUUUUACCUGCAUCUACGAUGCCAUACUGUGCACGAUUCAACCGCAGUCGAACAGAAAAGGCUCAUGCCCUCUAUCAAAGCAGUCUCAGCCCAAGAUCUAAUUCUUUUAAGGAUGGGUUGCCAAGGAACUUGUCCCUUGCUAUAAGCAUUUCUAGGGAAAAUAUCGUACGGCUAGGAGAUGGUCAUCUUUCAGUUGAGAACCUUCCUGUUGCUUCUACAUUUGCUGCACAAGAAUGUACUGCGACCCGCACUGAAAGGGACAACAUUCCGGAUGCCAGCAGAUCCCAACCCCUAUUGCCAUUAGGCUUUUUGCGAUCUCUUGGGGGAUCUGAUUCUUUACCCUCAGUCGGUCCAUUUUCAUCCCAAAUUCCUGCCAUUAGUGGUCCAAAGUACUCCCCCUACUACUGCUGGUGCCCACCCAGCACAUCAACCCUGGAAUGCUCUGCAACACCUCCACAACUGCCAAUCCCAUUGAGGGAUUCUCUGUCUCUGCCGACUUUGUCUUUUUUGUCAUCGGACACGAGUUCCCCAAUCCCUCUGUUUCCCCCAGAGAGUUCUAUUGAUGUCACUGAUGUUAAAUCAUUGGAUUUCCCUGGUCUCCUGCCUGACCCAAUGUUUCGCUUUCCCCUUCCUGUUUCUUCAAUAAUCUCUGCAGUGAGCUCACAACAGAUUCCUACUUUCACCCCCUUAAUGUGUGACCCUAUUGUGCACAUUCCAGUGAUCGAUGUUUGCUCAUCAGGUCAAGGCUACUUGGUCAGUGCAGGGCCUACUAUUUCAACGAAUAUACCAUCUUUGCACCCGAAUUUCAUGAGCCCCUUGAUCCCAGAAACGGAGUCCAUUGUAGAGAAGGGUGCGAGGGAAACCCUGCGGCUGCUCAUAAGUUCAUCUCAGACAAAUUCACAGCUCAUGGGUGUGCUGCCUGUUGUUUUAAACAGUACUGACGAAAAACAUGGUAACCUUGUGACAGGAAGCAGGGGGCUUUAUAGUGGAAUGAGAGAUGUUGGUGCUAUCCAAAGCAGCGUUGGGGCUGUGGGAAUACCGGCCUGGCAAAAGAUACAGUUCAGGGAUGAUGAUUUGGGGAAUCCAUCGCAGGGUGUGGAAGGCCAUGAUAAGUCUUGCUGUUCGGAUGACACAGGAGGGACCAGAGACUCGCUGGAAAGUUAAGGAGGUCGAUAUUUUUGCAUGUUUUUUUGGUUUUGUUUUCUUUUGAUGGAGGACUAGAUCGUGCCCCUAUGGCAUUGUAUACCCUAGGAGAAGUUGUAAAUAUGUACGUUGAUCAGUUGAUGUAAUUCAGACCUUGUGAAGUUCAUUUCAUUGAAAAUCUAGUCAUUCAUGUCUGUACCAAGUACUUUCAAUGGGCAUGGUGGUUCAUUGUUGUAUGACUUCACAUUGUAUGGUUACACCUUUCUUUUUUUCUUUUGGUAAGGAUGGUUACACCUUUGA